UGUGUAUGGCAGCUCAAGGACUAUUUCUGAAUCAACCAAUGCUAUUGGAGCUGAAUGCGCCCAUUAACAUUUGCGGCGACAUACAUGGACAAUCGUGGACACCAGUCAAUAGAGACCCUAACAUUGCUGCUCGCCUACAAACUGCAAUAUCCGUAUACAUUUUUUUUGCUGCGCGGCAAUCACGAAUCCUCGGACGUGAAUCGUAUGUACGGCUUCUUUGACGAGUGCAAGCGACGCUACAGCAUUAAGCUAUGGCGCACCUUUGUCGACUGUUACAACUGCAUGCCGGUGGCGGCAAUUGUGGAGAACAAGUUGUUUUGCUGUCACGGCGGACUCAGUCCGGAACUGAAAGAUCUGGAGGCGAUACGCGCGCUGCCUCGACCCACUGAAGUACCGGUGUCGGGCCUGAUGUGCGACCUACUCUGGUCGGAUCCCGAUAAAAACACCAAAAGCUGGGGAGUAAACGAUCGCGGAGUCAGUGUCACCUUUGGUUCCAGCAUCGUUGACUCAUUUCUCACAUCGCACGGCUUCAACUUGAUAGUGCGAGCCCAUCAGGUGGUCGAGGAUGGUUACGAGUUUUUUGCCGGACGCAAACUGGUCACCAUCUUCUCGGCGCCCAAUUAUUGCAAUACGUUCGACAACGCUGGCGCUGUCUUGACUGUGGACAGCUCGUUAGUUUGUCGAUUUGUAAUCCUAAAGCCGCAAGCACGGGCCUCAACUGGCGUCCUGAAGUUCUCAGAUGCGAAUGCCUAUGAGAAGCAUCCCAAAAAAACAAUCUAGCAUAUCAAUACACGUUAAACUGCGUCAAUUAUAUAAUAUAA